CUGAUCCCUCGUUAAUUAGUGUAAGGACCCAAAGGGAUGCAGGCGCUUUUCAAUCCCGACCAACUCUGAGAAUAUCCAAGGGUCGGAGCCCUUGAUCAGAUGAAUCCAAGCCGAUCAUUUCGAGCAUCCGGGAAAGGCUCAAGUCAAGCGCUUUCCGUCGGGGAGAAUCGAGGACCGCCACACUUUCGGAACCCAGCCUGGGAGGAUGGAUUUGCACACUCCAGCAAAGGGCUGCACUGGCGCGUUAUCGCGACGAGAGCCUCCCUCUGGCGGCCGCCGAACACUUUGGGGCGGCCGCGGCGCAGGCGCUGGCUGGAGGGGGCGGAGAUGCCCGCCCGAGCCAUGCUGAGCCCCCGCGGGUCAGGGUUGGGGAGGCUGUUGCAGCUGCUGCGAGGGGGCCUGGUGGCUGUGGGAAGCCGGAGCAACUUCUCAGCUAUGGAAAGAACUGCUAAAGAGGAAGGGGGAAUUGUACAACAUAAAAAAGGAAUGUCUUCACAAUCUAGCUGGUUGAGCACCGAAGAAAGGAACCAAGCUUUAUAUGAUCUUAAAGCUGCUGGCUGGUCUGAGCUCACUGAAAGAGAUGCUAUAUUCAGAGAAUUCGUAUUCAAAACCUUUAAUCAGGCCUUUGGUUUUAUGACCCGGGUGGCUCUUCAGGCUGAAAAGAUGAAUCACCAUCCUGAGUGGUUUAAUGUAUAUAAUAAGGUCCAGAUAACACUCAUUUCCCAUGACUGUGGUGGUCUGACAAAGCGAGAUGUCAAGCUGGCUCAAUUUAUUGACAAAGCUGCUGCGUCUUGUCUAACAACUGGGUGCUAAAGUAAUCAUAAACAAAUUCUAUAAUUUGUUUAUUUAGUCUUUUACGGUAAAAAUAGUUAAUCCUCAAUUUCCCCCAUUCUUGCAGAAGCUUUUGCAUAUAGAUACAUAGAGGUUUGAUCUAAAAUGCUAGAAUUGCUGCAUUAAAAAGUUGAGUUGUUUGUUCUAUGUUAUCAGUGACAAUUCCUCUGUGGUGAUCUGUCCUCAGUAACACUGACCAUUUAGGCAGGAAUUCCUCUAAAGAAGAAUGAUUUGGGCUGAUUAGUAGGUCAGGUUUGCAUCUGAGUACCCUGUCCUGUGUUUCAUCUUUUAGAUUCUAUACACAAUGACAGUGGCACAGUUCAACGUGAACAUCUGAAUUUUUAGUCAAGAAUUAAUUUGUGUGUGUGUGUGAGAGAGAGUUUCCAGUAACCCUAUAUUAAUAUGCAUAGUUGCAAGGUAUAUAGCUGAGAGAAAAUUUCCCUUGCUGUAGAUAUACAGAUGCAUUUUCCACUUGUUUAAACUUUCAGGUAUUCUCUGGAAUAAAAUGACCACAAUUGAUUGUGUGACAAAAAUCAUGUAAUGUUCUUGGAAAUCUUGGUCAACAUUAUAAAUAAUUACAAUGAAUGUUAAAAAAAAAACACAUGUUGGUGGUACUUUAUAUUGAGCUAAGCAUGUUUGUCAGAUUGAUUCUAUAUGAUUUCAACUUUUAGGCCAGAUCCAAGAGGGAUUCCCACUCUCCUGUUUCCUGAGGCACAGAUCUGGCUCUUUCUAUAUAAACAAGAGUCUUGGUGCAGCGUAUUGUGGUAAAAAAACAGACUCUCCCCGAAUGUGUCCCUUUUCUUUCAUUUAUUAAAUUAAAUUCUUGACCAUUGAUCAUUUAUUAAAUUAAAUUCUUGACCAUUUAUCAUUUAUUAAAUUAAAUUCUUGACCAUUGAUCAUACUGAUUUGAGGACUGUGUUCCAAUCUCCUUGAGGGCAGCAUUGGAGGAAGAUGGUCUGAGCCAAUUUUGAGCCUCCUUCCAGAGACAGGAGUAGUAGAAACAAGGCUUAAGAGUAGACCAAAAGUCUGAUUUACUCAACAACCUACAGGAGAAAGAGGAUUAAAAAAAUAUAUUUUUCACAUUUAGCGUAGGCACACACAUUUAUAAUUAAAACCAAACAGAAAUCUUACUUAUUAUAGCUAAAUAACAAGGAAAUAUCAUUUCCUUGUCAUGUUUAACUUUCUGCUUUUAAGCCAAAAUUCAACUAUUAAAGAGGCAGUUUACAGCUGAAGAUUGAUACUGGAAAAAGAUAUUUUUAACCUCUCUGAUACAAUGAAUGCCAUUUUUUCCUCCUACGUAUCCAUCUGGAGGAAGUCACUUGGGACAUUUCUUCGAAGGAGUUACAUUGCUUUUCUCAAUGGCACCAGAAGAGAAUAUGGAAAGAAAAAUGAUAUUGUUCAGUCUCAUAACCUGUGUAUUUUGCCCUACUUUGUAUGAAAAAUGCUAUGGAAAAUGCAGCACUUUUCAGUGAACCAAACCUUUUAAUUCAAUGUAAUUAUUGGGAAUUAUCUGAGCCGGUGUUGGUGAACUUUUUUGUCACUGAGUGCCGAAACAGGAGCACACGUGUGUGUGCCAAAAACCAGAAGAGCAGGCACCUGGUCUUCCGGUUUCUAGUGCGCAUGUGUGCACAAAGACCAACUGGCUGGUGCACAUGCUGGAAACCGGAAGAGAAACCAAACUCUGGCCAGGAUGAAGCACUCCCCCCCCCCAUCCAGCCUGCCACUGAGAACAAGCCAGCACACAUUCACAAACACCAGUGCACCUUUUACUCUGGCACUGGAUAGACGUUCCUCCCGCGCGGACUCAGCUUCUCGCAGCCCCACAGCCCCAGAAAAGCAGCAGCUACAGCCGCAGGGCAAGGGGCAGGAGCAAAUGGCUGGCCCCUGCAGCUGUGCUCUCACUGGCGAGGCAGGCCCUCGGUGGCGUGUCCAUGCAUGAGGAUCUGCGCUCUCCUCCGGCCCAAGAUUUCCAGAAGAAAAACAUAGUUGAGUCUUGAAGCAAUAUGUUACUAUUUAAUUA